UUAAGGGAUGCUCACUAUGUGAAAUUGACUUUGUUAGGCUCCCUUCAUCAAUCUGUUUGGCAUGAUUUCUGGAGUCCUCUUGGUUAUAUUGGAGAACUUCUCCCUUAUGUCCACAUUUCAUAUAUUCAUAAGAUAUCAUUGGGAUACCCACAUAAAUUGGAACUGGUUGUGGCGCUAAAAAAUUCCAGAAAAGUUGAAGGUUCUUGUUUGGCUCUGCAUCUAGGAAGCCUUGGGCACAACAUCUUUUCGAUUUCGGCACGGGAUGACGAUGUUGGAUCUCUGCCCUCGCUGCAAUGGUCAGAAAGAGUCGGCUUUUCACUGCUUUUUGAGUGUUAUCGAGCUCGAAACGUGUGGUCCAUUCUGGGUGUGUCCUUGUUUGGCAUUGGCAGAUCUAUGACUGGUUUAGUGAACCCUUUGGAUAUUUUUCGGUGCCGGAUGGUGCAAGGUGAUUUCACUUUCUUCGCUGGUAUAUGGUGGAUUUCGCGUCAUAGAGAUCAGCAAAUUUUUAAUCGCGAAGAGGAGUGGUCUGAUCAUAAGAUUGCCUUCUCUGCCAGGAGACUUGCUCAGGAGCUGGAAAAUUUUAGCCGCUCAAACCGCCUCCUUCAUGAACCUGAGGAUAGUGUGGUUUGGUCCCCUCCUCCAAAAGAUAUGGUCAAAACAAACUGUGAUGCUAACAUUUUCCAUGAGCACAAUUUUGCAGGAUUUGGUUGUCUUCUUCGGGAUAAAAAUGGAACUUGGAGAAAAGGUUGCUCAGGAUGUCUCCCUAAUUGGAAAAUUUUCAGGUGCGAACUUUUUGCUCUUUGGAGGGAUUUGGUUCUUACUUGGGAGUGUGGGUUCAAGUCAGUCAUAAUCGAAACUGACUCAAUGGAGGUUUAUCUAAGACUUCAAUUUGAUUCUGAUCCGCCGACUAACACUGAUGAUGAUCUAGUAUUGAAAGUUAAAGAAUUGCUGGCUUUGAAUUGGAAAGUUCAUUUUCGCCUGGUAAGAAGGAAAGCAAAUUUAGUUGCUAACCUGCUAGCUGAAAAGGGGACUUGGGAUAGGAUUGAUUUGGUGGAGUGGCUGGAGCCUUGACAUCAGGAGACGUUCUCCG